AUGAACGACCGCCCCAAGAGUGCAGCCAUCGCAAAGUGGGGUGCCGCUUGUGCACCCUGCGCAAACUCCAAGGCCAAAUGCUUGAGAACGAAUGAGACCCCUGGUGCCAAAUGCGACAGAUGCGAGCGAUUGGAGAAAGACUGCGUUGACCAGGUCCACAAGCCAAGAAAAAAGCGACAGAGCAAGCCAUCUAAAACUGCCCAGCUCGAGGAGAGGCUGAAUAGCCUAGUAGACUUAUUGAAAGCCUCUAACUCAGGGGAGCUCCCAGCUGGUAUCCGGAACCCACCGCCAUUAUCUGACGACCCAUUAUGCAUCCCAUCAGAAACAGAGCCUUUAACAUCUUCACAGCAUCGUCAGUCGACAACAAGUGGUGGAUCAACCCCAACACCAGCUUCGUCGCAGGAUUACGAUGGCACAGUGCCAGGAUCCUACAACUGCCAUGCGCCGCCGAGUUGCAUCUGUCGAGCACCCAUCGGCGAACUUCCUGUGGCCGUUGAACCUGAUGAAGUCCUACUCUCCAUCUAUGUCACGAAGCUAAGCCCGAACUUCCCGUUCGUUGCGUUGCGUCCUGGGAUCUCUGCUCAAGAACUUGAAAGGACGAAACCCCUACUCUUCUCGGCGAUCAAGAUGGUUUCGUCAGUGCGUAACCUCAAGUCCAUGAUGGCGCAAGGUUAUGCACUGAUGACCCACCUUACUGAACGACUAUUGAUGCGCUCUGAGAGAUCGCUCGAGUUACUCCAGACAGUCUUGGUCGUCCUGGGAUACUACCAUUAUCAGUGUAUGAUGCACACCCAGAUGAACAACCUGACUGCUCUUGCAAUCAGCUUGGCCGCAGACUUGGGCAUCAACAAGACUCCUGAAUUGCAAGAAAGAACGAGAGUUCUUGUGUUGAAUCCAGAACCUCCUACCCCGAGAACGAACGAAGAAAGACGGGCGCUCUGCGGGAUGUGGUACAUUAGUUCUGUAGUGGCGCACACCUUUCAGAAACUUGACCCGGCGAGAUAUACGCCCUACAUGGACCAAUGCUUGCGUGACCUUGAGACGGCCAAGGAGUUCGAGGCAGAUGCACUUCUGGUCCAGCUCGUGCGCAUCCAGCACUUGUCGAAUCGCAUUGCCCAGCUUCAAUCCAAAGAUCGAAUGGAAGAGGAUCUUCCUGGCAUCCCACGAGCACCAGUCAGUGCAUAUAUGAACGCAUUUCAGACUGAACUCGACAAGUUCAAAACUCAAAUCCCGAGACAUCUUCGGGCAAAUAAACUCUUGAUGAUACACUAUUACACCGCCAUGUUGCGGUUAUGGGAACCACCAUUAGUCGACGCCAAGCUGCUUGAGACUUUGUCUGACUCGUUCACCUCCAUGUCGCUAGGAGCUCCCUCCACUCUAGAUAUCUUCUAUCGCUCCAACACGGCUCUGAAAAGCUGGUUUGAGUAUUGGCUAGCGAUAGAUAUUAUCGACUACUAUUACCUGCCGAUGCCCGCUUGCGCACAGCUCAUUGUUGCGGUAACAUUAUUGUCGAGAUGGGCCAAGCUUGCUGGUGCUGACCCGUACAGCCCACCAGCACCAUCAGCAGGAUCAGGCACAUUGCAUACGCAAGCUGCCCGCCAAGGAUUAACAGAUCCAUCCUCAUACGAGUCAACAUCAAGUCAGACAGCCGAACAACAGAUCGGAGAUACCGAACCCGCUGUUGCAUCUGCCAUAGCCAGGAUAAAAUCCCAGAUACGAUCGCAACCUGAGCUGCACUUGGAUGUCGUGGGAAUCCUUCGUGCACUGGUCAGCCGCUUCGAACAGGCCAGGUCUGAGGUAAGCGAGGUGCAAGGAGGGAAGUGGGAAAAUAACAUCUGGGACUUGGCCGCAAAGAAAAUAAGCAUCACAAAGUUGAAACUUGAACGAUGGGCCGAGAUUGUGUCUGUGAUUGGGGCCGAGGGGCUCAUGGCUCGGAAGUGGGAACCUGGUGAGGGCUCUGUUCAAGAAGCAGCUGGGCCAAGUGUGCAAGCCGCGAAACCGGUACCAAUGGAUGGUGUAGAGAGAUCGGAGACUAUCGACUUUACACAAGCGCAAGACAACUUCCAGUACAACAAUAUGUUUGCCCACGACCUGUUCGACGGGCUAGGGUUGGACCAGAACUUUUUCUACGACGACGCUGUCGACUACGGCAGUAUUGCCCUGAACAACUUUCCAUUCAAUGGCUUUAGUUACAAUGGACCUUGA